GGAGUUCGCUUUUAGCAAAAUAAAGAGUUACUCUCAAUCAUCUCAACUGUGCAUCUUUAGUGGCAUUAUGGCUGUUGUUUCUUCAGAUGAAAUUAUGGGGCAAGCAUGCUCACGAUCACCUGUUUAUAUUAUUUUGGAGGAAAUUAUAUCCAUUUCUAAAAGUGUGGAAGAUGCAGAUUUAUUAUUGCUGGCUACACGAGCCUUGAUACAGUGGACAAAUGUUUUGAGCAAUGUUCUGAGGAAAGAAAAUGUUGGAAAUAACUCUACUCAUGAACUGAAGAAGACAUUUAUUGAAAACGGUUAUUAUGUAUCGAUAUUAUUCAAACAUGUACUGGAUUAUAGAGAGCAUUACAUAGAUGUAAGUAUAUUCUUGAAUCUUUAAAGUUGCGGGUAUCUUAAG